AUGCCUGCAGAAGCGUUCAAGAAGCACGAAGUGGUUCCAGACGUGUUGGCUACGGCUCCAACAAAAGUAGUCAAAGCAAGCUAUGACAGUGGCGCUGAGGUUAAUCUCGGAAAUGUUCUGACGCCAACACAGGUGAAAAACCCACCAAAGCUUACAUGGGACGCAGAACCGGGAGCCCUGUACACCGUUAUAUUCACUGAUCCGGACGCGCCAUCUCGCAAGGAGGCAACGUACCGAGAAUGGCAUCACUGGCUUAUCGUGAAUGUACCAGGAAACGACAUCAGCAAAGGUGAUGUACUCGCCGAGUACAUCGGAUCUGGACCACCUAAAGGCACCGCAGGGUGGUCGUAUCACUACGAUUCCGAGCAUGGUCAUUUGACGAAUCGCUCUGGUGAUGGCCGUGGUGGAUUCAAGACAGAGAAGUUUGUUGCAAAGCACAAGCUUGGUACACCUAUUGCAGGAAAUUUCUAUCGGGCGGAGUGGGACGACUACGUGCCAAUCCUUUAUAAGCAGCUCGGUGCCUGA